AUGAAACAACAAAAAGUAAAUGAUACAUUAAUAAAUAUUUCAAAAAAUUCAUCCGAAAAUGAUUAUGAUAAUGAAGUAAAACCAAAUGCUCGUUCAACACAUUAUUAUCCAUGUGAUCAUUUUGGUAAUCAAAUUAAUUCGGAUAUUUUUAAACAACAUGGACAUUCCGAUGACCACCUACAACAAAUUUCUUCUCUAGAUACAACUGAAGAACCAUCACGUAGUCGUGUUCCAUCAUCAUCAGCAACAACAACAACAACAACACCACGUAUUGAUUUUUAUCCUCGAAGACCAUUACAAAAUACAUCAACAUUAUCAAUAACAACUGAUCAACAACAACGUACAUUUCCACCACAAACAUUAGAAGAAUUUCUUGAACAAGAAUGGGAACUAUCAAGUGAUUUUCUUCUUCAACAAACAAUGCCACAUGACGUAUCAUCAUUAUUAUCUUGUUUAUAUCAAUUCAAAUCAGAGAAUGCUUCAUUACAAAAAAAAUUUGAAGAACUUAAACAUCGUCGAGAUUCACUUCGUGUUACAAACGCUAAUCUUCGACGUCGACUUUCAGAAAUUCUACCAAUUAAUGAUACAAUAUCUUCAUCUACUACAACAACAGCAACAACAAUUAGUCAAGUAUCACCACCAUUACCAUCCUCAUCCUCAUCAUCGUCAUCAGCAGCAGUAUUACCUGCUGUUCCACCAAGUCCACGUAAAGAACAACAACAAUUGAAACAACAAAAACUUCUAGCUGAAUUAGAACUUCAACAACAGUUACAACAACAAAAAGCAAUAUCACCAUCACGUAGACGUUUAUCAACAAAUACAAAUAGUCAAUAUAAUGAGACAUGUCAACAAACAAUUAAAAAAAGUAAAUCACCACGACAAACCAAUGCAUUAACACAUCAGUCACUUCUGGAAAAUCAACUUCGACAAUCAUCCAACAACAAUACUAAUACUACUACUACUACUAAUAAUAAUAAUAAUAAUGUUAAUACAACUAAAAAAUUAAAUAUAACAACAAUACCUAAUAAUAAAAAAGUUAUAUCUUCGGAAGUUGAUAUCCUAUCUCAUCAUCAAUCAACAUCAACAAAUCUUUCAGGAAUUCCAACAACGGGAUCUGCAACAUCAACGACAACAUCAUACGAACAAAUCGAUGUAACAGCAACCGCUGCUGCUGCUGCAUAUGCAUUAGCAAAAAAUGGACGACCACCUACAAAUAAUGGUCUUAGUCUUGAACUUAUUUCACAAAUCCUUGCUGCUAGUGGUACUGCAAUUAGUCCUCAACUUUUUGCACCAACAUGGAAUAUUUCCAAUUUUGGUUAUGCCAAUUUUCCUGGAGCUAAUCCAAUGUCUGUCUCAGAUGAAUCAAUAUUACGUUCCUAUGCUCCAUCGACACAGCCGUCUCUCGAACAACAACAACAACAACCACAACCAUCGACAAAACAACAGCCAUGA